GGCGGGCGGUGCCGGCGUCGGUCGUGCCAUGGCGGAGCCGGUGGACUCCUGCUCCUUCGCUUCCCCGGCCUCCGCCUGCACCUCCAAGCACCUGCAGCUCCAUUGCCGCGUCGACUUCCCUGGAAAGGCGUUGAAAGCCACGGCCGCCCUCACCGUCCAGUCCCAGGUGGACGACUUCACCUCCCUGAUUUUGGAUACAAAGGACCUAAAAAUUGAUCAGGUGUUGAUUAAUGGAAAAGAAGCCAAAUUUACUGUUGGAGAAAGACACAGUUUCAAGGGAUCCCCUUUGGAAAUCACUUUUCCUUCUGCCCUGAGCAAAAACCAAGAAGCGGUCGUAGAAAUUUCUUAUGAGACCUCUCCAAAAUCUUCUGCUCUUCAGUGGCUUACUCCUGAACAGACUUCAGGGAAGAAACACCCAUUUCUUUUCAGCCAGUGUCAAGCUAUUCAUUGCAGAGCAAUUCUUCCUUGCCAGGAUACUCCUUCGGUGAAAAUAACUUACUAUGCAGAGGUAUCUGUUCCUAAAGAUUUGGUGGCCCUUAUGAGUGCCGUUCGUGAUGGAGACGAAUCAGAUCCAGCAGACGCCACUAGGAAAAUAUACAAAUUUAGCCAAAAAGUGCCAAUUCCCUGCUACCUGGUUGCACUUGUGGUUGGAGCUUUGGAAAGCAGAAAAAUUGGCCCAAGAACUUUGGUGUGGUCUGAGAAGGAACAGGUGGAAAAAUCUGCCUAUGAAUUUUCUGAGACUGAGACUAUGUUGAAAAUUGCAGAAGAUUUGGGAGGUCCUUAUGUCUGGGGACAAUAUGAUCUUUUGGUUUUACCACCAUCCUUUCCUUAUGGUGGAAUGGAGAACCCUUGCCUUACUUUUGUAACUCCUACUUUGCUGGCAGGUGACAGGUCACUCUCAAAUGUUAUUGCACAUGAGAUCUCUCACAGCUGGACGGGAAACCUAGUGACAAACAAAACUUGGGAUCACUUCUGGUUGAAUGAAGGGCACACCGUUUACUUGGAGCGCCACAUUUGUGGUCGACUUUUUGGGGAAAAGUUCCGGCAUUUCCACGCUCUGGGAGGAUGGGGAGAAUUACAGAAUUCGGUAAAGGCUUUUGGGGAUACAAACCCUUUCACAAAGCUGGUGGUUAACCUGAAGGACGUAGACCCUGAUGUGGCAUACUCGUUGGUUCCUUAUGAGAAGGGUUUUGCUUUGCUCUUUUACCUGGAACAACUUCUUGGUGGGCCAGAAGUUUUCCUGGGAUUCCUCAAGGCUUACAUUCAGAACUUUUCCUACAAGAGUGUAGCGACUGAUGAGUGGAAGGCGUUCCUGUAUUCAUACUUUAAGGACAAGGUUGACGUUCUUGAUACGGUUGACUGGAACGCUUGGCUCCAUUCUCCUGGAAUGCCACCUGUAAAACCCAAGUAUGAUAUGACAUUAACAAAUGCAUGUAUUGCCUUGAGCCAAAGAUGGAUCAAAGCCAGUGAAGGCGACUUGAACUCUUUCUGCUCCGCAGACCUGAAGGAAAUGUCUUCUCACCAACUAGUUGAAUUCCUAGCACAGUUGUUGCUGAAAGCACCACUUCCAGUAUCCCAUGUUAAACGAAUGCAGGAGGUAUACAACUUCAAUGCUGUGCGUAAUUCUGAAAUACGAUUCAGAUGGUUGCGCCUUUGCAUUCAGUCCAUGUGGGAAGAGGCUAUUCCUUUGGCACUAAGGAUGGCCACAGAACAAGGAAGAAUGAAGUUUACCCGGCCUUUGUUUAAAGACCUUGCGGCUUUUGACAAGUCUCGUGAUCAAGCUAUCAGUGCCUUUCAACAGCAUAAAGCCAGUAUGCAUCCAGUGACCUCCAUGCUGGUGGGAAAAGAUUUGAAUGUGAUUUAGUUACAGACUGAUUUUCGCUGAUUUAAAGCAAUUGCUCUUUUUUAAGCGACCUACUAAAGAAAUACAGCAAAUCCCACCGAAACCAAAUAUUUCCCUUUAUUGCGUGCUUUUUCAGUUGUGCCCUAUGAUGAUUUGCCGAAGUGGGGCCAUUGACUGUAGUUGAAAGAUCUGUGUCCUCUUUGCUUAAAGGAUCUCUGGAAUCAUAAAUUUUAAUGGAAUAAGAUACCUUUCAGAUCUUUGAGAGGGGAGUGCUACCAUAAUAAUGUGUUUUGAUUGCUGAUAAACAGUGUUUUUGCUCCUCUUUAGAUUAAUAUGAUGUUUGAUUUAAAUAGAAGCUGCAGCUGAAAUUAAGAAAAUUAUACAGCGUGGGCAUUGGAAUUCAGCUUGUUUUAUUCAUUAAACCUGAAAAAUAAACUUUUAUAAUUCAUCCCAA